CACUGUAUGCAACUAAUGCGUGUCAAAAUCAGAGCCAAUGUUCUCAAAUAUCCUCUUCCGGCCAUCCCCACCCGAGAAGUGGUGAGCAAGUUCACAAGUCUUGCGGAACUCAACCCCAUGAACGCCAGAGCUCUGCUUUCCCCUUAUCCUCCCGCUCCCAAAGCUCCUUUCUCCGCUCUCUCCAUUUCCAGAAGACCCUUUCUCUCCGAUGUGAAGCACAUAACCGCCCAUCCCUCUUUGCUUCGGCUGCGCUUACCUUCGCACGCACCUCACUUUCGUGUUGCCGUCCGGAAUUCUGGCGAGAGAGGAGCUGGGAAAGUGUGGGAAGAUCUCAAAUCCGAGUCAUAUGAUGUCUCCGAGUCCGUACCAGAACCGGUGAAGUUCGGGGAUGUGGUAGGCAACGUUGUCGGUGAGAAGGUGGAAGUAGGUAGUGUGCGCCCAUGGUGGGAAGAAUUCCCCAAGAGAUGGGUCAUUGUGCUUCUGUGCUUUUCUGCGUUCAUUCUCUGCAAUAUGGACAGAGUAAAUAUGAGCAUUGCCAUACUUCCAAUGUCAGCAGAGUACAACUGGAACCCCGCCACUGUUGGUCUAAUACAGUCUUCUUUUUUCUGGGGAUACAUGCUCACUCAGAUUGCUGGUGGAAUAUGGGCAGACACGGUGGGGGGAAAACCGGUAUUGGGAUUUGGUGUGGUUUGGUGGUCCAUUGCCACUGCCCUCACUCCUCUUGCUGCGAAACUCGGGUUGCCCUUUCUACUCAUUGUUCGGGCUUUCAUGGGUAUCGGUGAGGGUGUAGCUAUGCCAGCCAUGAAUAAUAUCAUGUCAAAGUGGAUUCCCGUUGCAGAGAGAAGUAGAUCAUUAUCACUGGUUUACAGUGGCAUGUACCUUGGAUCAGUCACAGGACUAGCAUUUUCACCCAUACUAAUUCAUCAGUUUGGAUGGCCAUCGGUAUUUUACUCCUUUGGCUCAUUAGGUGCAAUCUGGUUUUCUGCUUGGCUUAGUAAGGCACACAGUUCACCUCUUGAUGAUCCUGAACUUCGCGCGGAAGAAAAGAAGUUAAUUAUCACAAACAGCUUUUCCAAGGAACCUGUGAAAACUAUACCUUGGAGAUUAAUUUUGUCAAAAGGUCCUGUUUGGGCUCUAAUAGUGUCUCAUUUCUGUCACAACUGGGGAACAUUUAUUCUUCUUACUUGGAUGCCAACAUACUAUAACCAAGUCCUGAAGUUCAAUCUUACAGAAUCUGGCCUAUUUUGUGUUUUACCUUGGUUGACAAUGGCAUUUGCUGCAAAUUUGGGCGGUUGGAUUGCAGACACUCUUGUGAGCAAGGGUUUUUCGGUUACCAGGGUUCGAAAGAUAAUGCAAACAAUUGGGUUUCUUGGCCCUGCUUUCUUCCUAACUCAGUUGAGCCGCAUAACUUCUCCUACAAUGGCUGUUUUGUGUAUGACAUGCAGUCAGGCAACUGAUGCGUUCUCUCAGUCUGGUUUAUAUUCCAACCAUCAAGAUAUAGCCCCGCGAUAUUCAGGCAUAUUGCUUGGUCUAUCUAAUACUGCCGGAGUACUGGCUGGUGUUUUUGGAACAGCAGCUACCGGGUUUAUUCUACAGCGUGGUUGUUGGGCGGAUGUUUUCAAGGUGUCAGUUGUGCUGUACUUGGUUGGAACUGUGGUGUGGAACCUUUUCUCAACUGGUGAAAAGAUUUUGGAUUAACUUGCAGUGUCAGGGAGGACAUUGCUCCUUAGUCCUUAGCAUGUGUGGAUGAGAUUAAAACUAAACUCCCACGCAAGCGAGGAAUGAAACAUCUACAAGAAGAAACAGUUUGAAGUGGAGGCAACCCAGCUUCACUGAUAAUUUAUUCCUGACAAAUCGAGCACUGAGGUAAUUUUGGUGUGCGGUAAGUUUAAUUUCCCAAGCACUUGGAAACUUAUUUAUAAGAUAUUUGAGCAUAACACGGAUGAAGAUUUUAAAAGCAAUGAUACAAGGUCGUUGAAUAUAAAUAUUCGAUAAACCAGAAUCCUUGCGGACCAAUGUGCAUUAGAAAGUGACUGAAGGGUCUCUCUUGGUGUUGGGAGAUGAAUUGGCAUCAUUUGAAGUAUAAUCCCUGAUGUUGUGCCAGGGAAAAAGACUUUAGAUUAUAGAACCAUUUUCUUUUUCUUUCUUCCUUUAUUCUUCCCUUUUUGAGUGGGAAGGUUGCGCUAGUUGCUUGGGUUAACGACAAUCACACUUGUAGAUAUAAUAUUGAACGCAACACAAUUGAUUUUUCAUUUUUGUGACUGAGAAGCAAAUUACUUUGUGAUGUAUUAUUAUCAUUCAUCAAGCUUCUCAGGUCAACUAAGGUGGUUGCAUUACUGUUACGGAUUCUGUUAUACGUCACUUAUGUGUCAUGACUCUCUGAUAAUGAGCCGUUAGAUGGUCUUUCUUUUGAAA